UUGAAUUCUUAUUUUCUCUGUUUCCCUUUGAGUCCUCCGAAUGGCCGGCCAAACAGUUAUUGUUUCCGGGUUAAACCCGGCGGCCAUUCUUCAGUCAACAAUCGGCGGAGCUCCUCCUUCUACCGCCGCAGCUGCGGCGGAGAACGGUGACACCACCAGAAAAGUUGUUCCUCUAUCAAAAGAUGCCCUUCAGGAUUUCAUGGUUUCCAUCAUAACCCAGAAGUUACAAGGUGAAAAGAAGCCGUUUUAUGUGUUAGAUUUGGGGGAAGUUGUUUCCCUGAUGGAUCAAUGGAACGUUGCGUUGCCGAAUGUUCGUCCGUUUUAUGCUGUGAAGUGUAAUCCUGAACCUUCAUUCCUUUCUAUGUUGGCUGCUAUGGGUUCGAAUUUUGAUUGUGCUAGCCGUGCUGAAAUUGAGUACGUUUUGUCUCUUGGUAUCUCGCCGGAGAGGAUUGUAUUCGCUAACCCAUGUAAGCCGGAAUCCGAUAUCAUUUUCGCCGAAAAAGUUGGAGUCAAUCUCACAACUUACGAUUCAGAGGACGAGGUUUACAAGAUCAAAAAGCAUCACCCAAAAUGCGAGCUUUUGCUCCGUAUCAAACCGAUGAACGAUGGUAAUGCUAGAUGUCCAAUGGGUCCAAAAUACGGCGCUUUGCCUGAAGAAAUCGAGCCGCUUCUCCGUAUAGCUCAAGCUUCCCGGCUCACUGUCUCCGGCGUCUCCUUCCAUAUCGGCAGCGGCGACGCUGAUUCCAACGCUUAUUUAGGCGCCAUAGCCGCAGCCAAGCAAGUUUUCGAAACGGCAGCCAAAUUCGGCAUGUCGAAAAUGAAUGUUCUAGACAUCGGCGGCGGGUUUACCUCCGGCCACCAGUUCACCACCGCAGCAACCGCCGUGAAAUCAGCUUUACAACAACACUUCUCUAACGAACCGGAGCUCACCAUCAUAGCUGAACCGGGUCGGUUUUUCGCAGAAACGGCGUUCACAUUGGCAACAACCAUCAUCGGAAAAAGAGUACGUGGAGAUUUACGUGAAUACUGGAUCAACGACGGGUUAUACGGGUCAAUGAACUGUGUACUUUACGAUCAUGCAACGGUAACGGCGACGCCGUUGGCAUGCAUGUCGAAUCGGGUCAACCUAAACUGCAGCGGGUCGAAAAUGUUUCCGUCGACUAUAUUCGGGCCCACGUGUGAUGCACUUGAUACCGUGUUAAGGGAUUACCAGUUACCGGAACUGCAGGUUAAUGACUGGUUAAUUUUUCCUAAUAUGGGUGCUUAUACUAAAGCUGCUGGAUCAAAUUUUAAUGGAUUUAAUACUUCUGCCAUUGUUACUCACCUUGCUUAUGCUUAUCCAAGUUGAUAGGAUUUAAUUAGCAAGGGGUUGUAAUUUUAUUUUUCUUAUGGGUUUCCAAUUUUGUUGUUU